CAUGCCAUUUUGAGUCACUUCUGUGACACUUUCAUCUCACAUCUCAGCUUGCGAGCAUGACUGGGCUUGAAACAUGGUCUGUGGAUGUCUAUGGAAUCCAUAGUCGUCCACUUUAAGAGUAUAUCCUCACCAAGCUCACCAAAUGCAGUUUGGAAAAGAGUUUGUAAGGCAAAGCAGCCUCUACAAAUGUGUGCUAAAUGAGGAAGAGUCAGGUCUGGAUUCUGCAGAUGUGUUUGAGUUGGCUUUCAAAGGGAAUGCUUCAGCCAUCGACCUUAUAAACAGAAAAAGUCCAGAAGACCUAAGCUCCAGGGAUGAGAAUGGAGCAAGCCCUUUGCAUUAUGCUUCAGCCGGUGGAAACCUGGACACAAUUCGACUCAUUGUGUCUAUUAUAGGCCCUGAGGAGCUGAAUGUACAGGAUGAGCAGGGCAGAACUGCUCUACACUGGGCCGUGGAGCAGAAUCAAGGCCAGAGCUGUGCAUUACUGCUGGAGCUGGGUGCUAACCCCAACAUCCUCAACAGCGCCCUGAUGGCCCCUUUGCACCUGGCUAUUACAAAAGGACACAACCAUUUAGUAGAGCUCCUUCUGUCUUGUGGCAAGACAGAUGCCAAUCUGGAGGGGGAUCUGGGAAACACUCCCGCAAUGCUGGCCUGCACCAACAAUAACUGCCAAGCUCUCCAUGUUCUUUUCAAACACGGUGCUGAAAUGUGUCGUCAGAACAAACUUGGCCACUACGCUAUCCAUACGGUUGCUUUUGCAGGUGCCAAGGAGUCUAUGGAGCUGGUUUUGAAAAUUGGAGAGAAGAUGGGUAUUUCCUCCGUAAUGCAAAUUAAUUAUUUGGAUAAGACCAGAAGCAGUCCCCUCCAUCUGGCUGUACGUGGGGGGAAUACAGAGGUGAUCAAACUUUGCAUCAUUAAAGGAGCAAAAGUGGAUCAGCAACAGUGUGACAAAUCCACAGCCCUCCACUUUGCCUGCGCUCAGGGUGCCAUUGAGGCUGUCAAAAUCAUGCUUUCCUCUUAUAACAGUGUUGAGGACAUCAUCAACAUUAGGGAUGGAGCCUAUCAGACCCCCUUACAUAGGGCCACAUUGUUUGAUCAUGUCAAGCUGGCUGAAUAUCUUGUUUCAAAGGGAGCAGAAGUUGACUGCAUUGACUGUAAGGGACUGUCCCCCCUGCUGCUAGGCUCAAGCUGCGGUUCAUGGAGAACAGUGGCAUUUUUACUGUCAAAAGGUGCCGAUUUCAAAAUCAAAGACAAAGCGGGGCGCAACUUCCUCCACUUUGCGACUCUCCAAACAAAAGGGCUGAAAAAUCUGCCUGACACAAUCUUUCAGAGUACUGCCGUGAAGCAGAUGUUGUCUGAUGAGGAUGUAGAGGGCUGCACUCCUCUGCACUAUGCCUGCAAACUUGGCAUCCAUGACUCGGUCAAAAACAUGCUGGGUCUCAAUAUCUGUUUGGGUCAGAAGUCGAGAGAGAAGAAAUCAGCCCUUCACUUUGCUGCAGAAUAUGGGCGUAUAAACACGUGCCAUAGGCUGCUGGACACACUAACAGACUCCAAGAUGUUGAACGAGGGGGAUGAAAAAGGUCUGACGCCCCUCCAUCUUGCAUCAAGAGGAGGACACACUCAAGUUGUGGAUCUGCUGCUCAGGAGGGGAGCCCUCUUUCAAAGUGAUUACAAAGGCUGGUCCUGUUUACAUCACGCUGCAGCUGAGGGAUACACACAGACGAUGAAAAUCCUGCUGGCAGCAAAUGUUAAACUGCUGGAUGGAACAAAUGAGGAUGGGAACACAGCUCUUCACAUAGCUGCAAAGGUGGGCCAUGUAAGUGCUGUUCUCCUGUUAUUUGAAAGAGGAGCUGAUAUAACUCUUAACAACGCUGACAACUCUUUCCUUCAUGAAGCUGUGCACAAUGAGAAAAAAGAUGUAGUGAAUGCCACCAUCGAAAGCGAGAGGUGUGCUGAGGCAAUGAGUUCAUUUAAAGCUAGUUCAACUUCCCGCUGUGUUGUGAUGGACAUCAUAGAGUUCCUCCCGGAGUCUUUCAAGCAUCUUCUGGACCAGUGUAUACAAGAGUCAGACCUUGAUGCCAACAGUCCAGAGUACCAUAUCAAGUAUGAUUUCCGGUGGCUUCAGGCUCCCAUACAGUUGAAGAAGUAUGCUAAAACAGACAAAAACAUGAACUUCCAACCACUGGCAGCUUUGAAUGGCAUGGUGCAUUACAACCGACUAGAUCUUCUCACUCACCCUGUGAGCCAAAAAUACCUGGAGAUGAAGUGGAAGGCGUAUGGAAGCAAGGUUCAUUUGCUCAACCUGGCUGUCUACCUGCUUGGCUUGCUGCCCCUCACGUACCUCAUCCUCAACCUGAGACCGAGCCAGGACAUUUCCACCAAUGGCACAUCUGUCAUCAUGGUGCCUGUAUCUUUCAGAGAGCAAAAAUACUUAAUCUCAGUCUGUAUAAUCAUGGUGCUUGUCAUGAAUGUGUAUGCCAUUUGCAAAGAGCUGGUACAGUUUGCUCAGCAGCGAAUAAUAUACUUCACUGACUACUCUAACCCUGCUGACUGGACUUCAGCCAUUUGCGCUUUGGUCUUUGUAAUGCCCAUGUGCUUCAGUGUAGACAAUACAUGGCAGUGGGAGGCUGGAGCUGUGGCCAUUCUGACAUCAUGGAUCAGCUUCCUGCUUUACUUCCAGAGGUUUGAGCGAAUUGGAAUUUACGUGGUAAUGUUUGGCGGAAUCAUUAGGACCCUGGUGUGCACCAUGGUUCUCUUUGUCUUCCUCUUGCUGGCAUUCGGCUUGUCCUUCUAUGCUUUGAUGCUUCACCGAAGUGAGUUCAGCUCAAUCAGUCUUUCCCUGGCCCAGACUUUUGUGAUGACAGUGGGAGAGCUGAACUACCAGAGCACAUUUCUGGAUGCUUAUGAGAAUGGCCAGAUGGCAUUUCCUGGGAUCACCUAUUUUGUGUUUGUGCUUUUUGUUCUCCUCAUGCCCAUUCUUCUAAUGAACCUAAUGAUUGGUUUAGCGGUAGGAGACAUUGCAGAGGUACAGAAGAAUGCUGAGAUGAAGAGGAUAGCCAUGCAGAUAGAUCUUCACACUACCCUUGAGGAAAAGAUGCCAUACUGGUUCCUAAAACGAGUGGACAAACCAACUAUCACGGUCUAUCCCAAUAAAUGCAAGAAGGCACUGAUGCAGGUCUUUAUUGAUUGUGAGAUCCAAAACACAGUUCGCACCCGUUUGAACCACUGCUCAAGUCAGGGUGGACCUCUGGAGAAGGAACUGCACAAACAGAAAAACAGGUUGAAAGAAAUGUCCAGUGUGAUUGAUAAGCAACAUAACUUGCUGAAGUUGAUCAUCCAGAAGAUGGAAAUCACGUCUGAGGCUGAUGAAUGUGAUGGCCCACAGAAUCCUAGAGCCCUAAGACAUAUUCCCUCCUCAGGCCAAAAGUCAAAGUGGGUCCCCCUCAUGCAAGCUCUUACAUCAAGGAAAUAACAUAACAAGCAAUGACACCAUGUUGUAAUGGAUGAACCCAAAGUUAUCUGCAGUUAUGACUUCUGAUUUUACUUUUUUGAGGGACAUUUAUGUUGUGGUUUAGAGCACUAGUGUUUAGUGAGAGCUUUUUUCUUAAAGCAAGCAUAUCCGGUGGUUAACUGUGUGGUUAAGUACAAGAUGAUCUUGUGUGGGUCAAAAUGUGGUGUAUUUGUUAUGUAACACUGUGUACACUUAUUUGAUUCUAACUGACCUUUUGCCAUGUAUUUAGAAAGUGAGCUACCCUAUACUGAUAUAUUGUGAGCCAAUCUAUUUAAAGAUUUGUACUGAACAGAGAAAUAGAAUUGUUGGAAUGAUUUCUGAGUUACAGGGAUGUUUAGAAAGUCACUCAAGUGUUAACCAUUCACAUGAUCCAAUGCAAUGAUCUAAUAUGCAGGACCCUGUAACAGCUCUUCUAAAUAAGAUGUGGUUUGAGAAACACAUUGGACAAGGUGGAUAUGAUUUCUACAGUAUAGUGCACUUCAAGCCCCUUAAUGCAAAGACUACUAUCAACCUGUGAAGCACCACAUAUCCAGAUUUGUCACCCUGAUCUGUCCACAGCUGUGCUCCACAUGUAGGAGAAUUAGCAUGCAAAUUUCAUCUGGCUGGAUAUAGUAACCCUGAGACGCUUUGUCAUACCAAAUCCUAAAUUGAAUGUGGUUCUGCCAAGGGUAGAACAUCUGUGUAACCCUCAUUUUUUGGAUCUGUUUCAACUUACUUUUUAAUAUCUCCACCAACAUCCUGAUGAAAUUGCCAAAAGAGCAGCAUUACAUAAAACCAUCAUGUUGAUCAGAUUGUCAAUGGUGAUUUCACAGAAUUAAGCAAAAGUCACUCAUAUCGGCCAUAUAUUAAGACCUGCACAGCCAAAACACUAUAAAAUUAACUUGGUGAUUUUGCAUGCACGUCAUGAGAUGUAAUAAAUCUGAUGACAAGGAUCAAAAUGUCCAGAUGGAAUGGAUUUGCUUUUGAUUUGGUCGCUCAUGUGCAAUACAGGUUAAUGUUUUAGGCAUACAGUACUAAAAUCUACAGUACAAUUGCUUGACACAUGCUGUCAGUAAAAUAAUAAAAAACAAAAACAGUCAUGCAAAUGCUUACUCAAAUGACUGAUUGAUACAGUAAAUAGAGAUAGACAGACAGCACACAGACAUCAAACGAGCACUAACCAUCAUAAACCAGCCUGGUCCUGCAUGGAAAUGCAUGCUGAGCAUGGAGCCAAAAUAUACUCUGUCAUUAAAGCCUUAUAAGCUGCUCUCAAAAUCAGUUACCAUUAUGAUUAAGAGAGAACAAGAACAACAAUUCUCAUCUAUCAUCUGGUCAAUGCUUCACAGCAUUAUGAGUUUAUAGACCUCAAAUACAUCACUUCCUCCUCCCAAGGGUAAGCAGCACAAGAUUUUUCACACACUCCAGCCAGCUCUCAACUUGAUAUAAAAAGAUCUCAGUCACAAAGUGUUCACAUCUUCGAUAUCACAGAUCUGAUAAACAGAUUUGUUGAUCUCUGAAGGGUCUGUAGUGUGAGGAAAUAAUUACCUCAUUUGAUCUCUCAGUUUCUCUCAGUAAAAGUGCAAGAACAUCAUGACAAUUUGCACUUCUGAAGCAUUUGUCCCUAAUUUUAAAACCAUUAAGAUUUGUAGUGCAGUGACAUUAUUUUAAUUUAGGCACAUUUCCCUCUCAAAUUUUCAUUACAGUAAUGUGCCAUGAACCUUUGAGAUUUUUGGAAUUCCAGUAAUUCAUGAUUUCCGUUACUGUAACACAUUAGUUUAUUUGAAUGUUUUAUGGUACAAAUGAAUAUAAUACAAUGAUUUGUUUGAUUUAAAUCAGAAUAAAUGAAAGACAGUACUACUCUACCACCAGGAUGUAUAACACUUCUCAAUUCAACAAUGUAUUAUUAAUAUUUAUUUAAUUUUUUUUUCAUAUUUUAUUCACGAGAAUUAGACCUUUUUUUUCAUUAUGUCACUGUGCUUAACUGACAUGAAUAUAGUUGUUGCCAAGCUCAUUCGACAGCAUUUGUGGCUUAACAUUGAUUACACAAAAAAGAAUGUCAGCUCGUCCUUUGCUUAUUUAAAAAGAAGCAUGGAGCCAAUCCAUAAAUUUAAAAAAUAUGCUCAAUUGUAUAUGUUUCAAAAGUAUAGCCACAAGACAUCAGCAUUAUACACAACAUGAUUUAUAAAAUCACUUACUAAACUUAGGGGAGACCGGGGAUGGUUGUAACACGGGUCAGUUGUAACAAUUCCAAUCUGUCCAAUCAGGAACUAGUUACAAAUAACCUGAUUCACUUCGCACAUGCUCAGUUUAGUUCUUAUUCCACAUGUGAUAAAGUAGAGCCCUCUGGCAGACACAGCACAAGUUAGAGUGGAAAAAACAAUUUUGAGGUAAGAAAGUUACUUUUUUUACUUUUUUUGUUUUUGUUAUGGGAAUUUCUGCUUUGUAGUUAAACUCAUCAAACUUGUAUUAUGUUUAUUGUGUGUCUGUGUACAUAUUUUCCAUGCAAGUUGUUAGUGCUAAUGUUUUGCCUGUUAGCUGUAAGGUGAGCUAGUUCAUGGCUACAUGACUCUGGGUUAGUUGUAACAACAAGACUCUGGGUUAGUUGUAACAACAAUGAAACGUUACAACCUACCCCAAGAAAAAUUUGUUCAAUUUAUAUAUGUUUUAUUUUAAUGUCAGUAUGCCUAGGUCUUGGAAGAGAAAGACAGACAGAGGGGUGUCUCUCACAAUUUUGAGGAGAUUAUCAGAUGAGGCAAAGGGAAAGUCUAUAAGAUCUGUGGCAAAGUUGUAUGGCAUUUGCCAAUUCCUCCAAUGUUUGUGUUCCCACGCCUUCGUUAUGCAGACCACUUUGUACGAGAUGGGCCAAUAGGAAGUAUUGGAAGUGGAAAUAAAU